UCGUGCAACGCGAUUGACGACUGCAGCGCGGCGGAGGUUCUUCAGUGAUCGGUGACCUUUAUUUUUCUACCAUAGUACCGUUAAGCUCCGCGCACAUAUUUUCGUGGUGUUUAUCUCGCCUUUGUUCCGUUCUCAGUUUUUCCCACCAGUGUCCCGAUUUGUGUUUACGACACCGUUUUUGCUCCGUGAGAGAUAUAAUUCGACUUUUCUCAGGGAAACAAUAUAUCUGCCGCAUUCCGUCGUUCCUCCUCGUUCACCGUCACUCACUUCAACGCACUCAAUAUUUUCGCCAUCGUGCGCUCAAAAUCAUUUGGAAAAACGCAGCACACAAGAUUUAAAAAAAAGAAGAAGAAAAGAAAAGGAGAUAACAAAAUGGUACAAAAUUAUGAAGAUUCAAAACACAAAAAAGCUACUAUGAAUGUAGAGAAGUUUUAUGAUGAGCCCAUUCAUGCCAAUUACCAGCAUUUGAAUAAAAACGAAACAAGGGGUUAUAAUUUAAAUGAAGAUGAAUGGACACAAAGAGUUCCUAUUGACGAUGCCUCUGCAGAUGGCUCUUUAUUUAAAAAGAAGAAGAAGAAAAAGAAGGGAGAUAAACAAAUGGUACAAAAUGAAGAAGGUGCGAUUAAUGAUAAAGCUACAUUGAAUUUUGAUAAGUUGUACGAUGAGGUACUUCAUGACAAUUACCAGCAUUUGAAUAAAAACGAAAUAAGGGAUUCUAAUUUAAACAAAGAUGAAUUGACAAGAAGGAUUCCUUUUGGUGAUGCCUCUGAAGAUGGCUCUUUGGUUAUGAAAAAGAAGAAGAUAAAGAAGGGAGAUAAACAAAUGGUACAAUAUUAUGAAGAUUCAAUACACAAAAAAGCUCCAAUGAAUGUAGAGAAGUUUUAUGUUGAGUCCUUUCAUGCCAAUUACCAGCAUUUGAAUAAAAACGAAACAAGGGGUUAUAAUUUAAAUGAAGAUGAAUGGACACAAAGAGUUCCUAUUGACGAUGCCUCUGCAGAUGGCUCUUUGUAA